AUGUCUCUUUUCUGCCCUGUUUUCUAUGCAACGCCUUGUAUUAUGAAGAGCUGGGGUUUUGCGGCUGCUGUACCUACCAGACCUCAGAGAGAUAAUCUUCUGACUAUAGUGGAUGCUGGAGAUCGUAGCGUGAAGACAUUACCAAGAGAAAUGAUAAGUAGAACUGUGACCAUCCAGUUGGCCGAACAUGCACGUUGA